GGAUCGGGAGGGGCAGAAAGAAAACCAUCCCACCUCUCCUUUUUGAUUCCCUUAUCAGUGUCUCUCUUCGCUUCAUCCAAAAAGCAAGAUUUAAAGAAACGUCACAAGCUUUCCCUUCCCUCAAAUCCUUCCUUUUGGAAUGCAUAGAAAUCAGACAAUCAAAUCUUCACUCCCAACAAUCUCAGACGCACGACCGACAAUCUCAAUCCCCACAAUCCCAUCUUCCCAGGAUAUAAAGCUUCCUAGGGUUUGAUUCAAUCCUGAAUUUGUUGUUUCUUCCUUCAAGUUUUGAGUGUUUUGAUUGAUUGAAUGAUUGUGCCUUUCCCCCGCAAUAAUCAAGUUAAGAUUUUGAUUCCUACCCACAAGAAUUCUUCGUAUCCUCUCAACUGGGCAUCCCUCACUUUCCUCUUGAUUCUGAUAUUGAGCCCGCAAUCCCUCUUUCCGCCGAUCGAGUGUUCAGGAACCGCCAUGAAGGUCCACCCAGUCCCCACCAAGAAGAGGAACAUUACGGUCCAAUACGACUUGAGCUCCGCGCGGGGCGCUUCCGCGGUCGGGUCCUACCACAGCAAGAAGCUCAGGAGGCUGCCUCACAUAUUCAGCCGGGUGCUGGAGCUGCCCUUCCGCUCGGAUGCCGACGUGGAGGUGGAGGAGGGCCCCGGUUUCUUCCGCUUCGUGGCGGAGACCGACGGGAUUGUUGGGGAUGUCCGGGCCCACACUGUCGAGAUCCAUCCGGGGGUUACCAAGGUUGUGGUGAGGCCAAAUGGGUCCCUGGAGCUGCUCCCCCUGGACCAAUUGGAGCUUGAUAUGUGGCGGUUCCGCCUGCCUCAGUCAACUCGGCCCGAGCUCGCCAGUGCAGUCUGUGUUGAUGGGGAGUUAAUUGUGACGGUGCCGAAGGGGGAGGAAGAGGAAGAAGAGGAGCUGGAGGAUGGUGAAGGUGAGGUGUGGGAAGGAGGUAAUGGGAAUAGACUUGUACUUGUACAGUAAUAAACAUAACUCUUGUUUUUAUUGUUGUGUAAUGUCAAGCCUUUUGCUCUGGCCAAGUCAUUUGGCGAGCAUUUAGUAUGCAAGCUUAGGUUUCUCGGGUUCGGACUAGUCACUUUGUGGCACUUCAAUUCAGAUAUAUGAUGAUAAGAGACGCUGUUCUUUGUUCUUCUCCACGCUUCAA